AUGACACAGGAGCAGAAGACACCCGUCCUCCUGCUCAAGACAAAAUCUGUUCCAGGCGAUGCCUAUGAGGAACUCUUUACUUCCCCUCCCGAUGGUGCCGCUUACGAUGUGUCCUUCGUUCCCGUGCUGAAGCACCAGUUCGAAGAGGCCGGUCUAGCCAAAGUACGCGAAGCGCUUGAAACUGGGUCCAUAAACGGCAACAACGGUAGUCCAUACGGCGGUCUCAUUUUUACGUCUCAGCGCGCUGUUGAAGCCUUUGCUAAGCUCGCCGAGGAGAGGAGAGGUAAUGAUGUGAAGGCGAGUUGGCCGUCGCUUGAGGGCAUCCCUUUUUACAGCGUUGGCCCAGCGACUACGCGCGCCCUGAAGGCGAUCCCCGUCGUGCCGCCCUUGCAGGUGUUUGGCGAGCAUACAGGAUCUGGGGAUAAGCUGGCGCCUUUCAUCCUCGAGCACCAUGGGGAAUGGUAUAAAGACCGGGAGUCCGGCAAACCCCCGCCCCCACUACUCUUUCUCGUUGGCGAGAAGCGCCGGGACGUGAUCCCCAAGGUGCUAACCGCUGCCGGAUGGGGUGUAGACGAGGUGGUGGUUUAUGGUAUGGGGGAGUUGGAGUCGUUCCAAGACGACAUCACGCGGCGACUAGCGGACAACGCCGACCGGCCAAGGACGUGGGUGGUUGUGUUCUCGCCGAACGGCUGCGACAGUAUGCUGCGUGCUAUGGGACUACUUGACGAGAGCACGGGUAAGGCUAGGCCAAAGCCACCCAGCCCGAGUGUACUGGUGGCUACGAUUGGACCGACGACCCGCGAUCACCUGGUUAAUGUGUACGGAUAUGAACCUGAAGUCUGCGCGGAGAAGCCCACGCCGGAGGGUGUCUGGCAGGGCAUCUCCCGUUACGAACAAGGCCAGGCCUGA